GCCUACUCGUUUCGUCUACACAAAUUGGCCUAGGCUAAUCAUGCGACUUUUAACGCAAUUCUAUUGGUCAAUGUGUGGCAUGAUUAUUUGUGUUGCAGAUGAAAUCUGAAUGCCGUGGUAUUAACGUCUUGUAAGAUUGCUCACAAGUCAACUCACAAAUCUCUGAGUCAGGCCAAGUUGGAUAAUUAUAUUACAGUAAUUUAAAAGGAUAUUAAAAUGGAAAACUUAACUAUCAAAGUGGAUAGCCCUAAUGUAAAGUAUACAGAUACUCAUAUUGAAUCCACCUAUGAAUAUCAAACAACCAAAGUUAAAAAAGAAGGCUCAGUUUUGAUUGCUUGUCCAGAGAGCACAAAGUAUAUAUUCAAAACGCAAAGGACAGUUCCUAAGCUAGGAGUCAUGCUUGUUGGAUGGGGAGGUAACAAUGGAACAACUGUAACUGCUGCAGUUUUAGCUAAUAGUAUGGGCCUUUCAUGGAACACAAAAGAAGGGGUGAGGUAUGCUGAUUACUUAGGCUCAUUAACACAAGCAACUACAGUUUCUUUGGGUCAGGGGCCAGAAGGAGAAAUUUUUGUACCCCUUAAAUCAUUGUUGCCUAUGGUUGAUGCAAACAGUAUACAAUUUGAUGGUUGGGACAUAUCAUCUAUGAAUCUGGGAGAUGCUAUGAAGCGCGCCAUGGUCUUAGACUACAACUUACAAACUCAGCUUUACCCCUACAUGUCAAAACUGAAACCACGUCCAUCAAUUUACAUCCCAGAUUUUAUAGCAGCUAAUCAAAAAGAUAGAGCAGAUAAUUUGUUAACAGGUACUUUGGAAGAUGUAGUAAAUCAAAUCAGAGCUGACAUACAAGAUUUUAAAAAGAAGAAAAAUUUAGACAAGGUCAUCGUUUUAUGGACUGCAAAUACCGAAAGAUUUGCUGAAGUAAGAGAAGGUUUGAAUGACACAGCAGAAAACCUUUUAAACAGUAUAAAAAGAGGAGAUUCUGAAAUAUCACCUUCCACAUUGUUUGCUGUUGCUUCAAUAUUAGAAGGCAUUACCUAUAUAAAUGGAUCUCCACAAAACACAUUUGUGCCUGGUGUUGUUGAGCUUGCUGAAAAGAACAGGGUUUAUAUUGGUGGAGAUGAUUUUAAGUCAGGGCAAACAAAAAUGAAGUCUGUAUUGGUUGAUUUUCUGGUCAGUGCUGGCAUAAAGCCUGUAUCAAUUGUCAGCUUCAAUCACUUGGGCAAUAAUGAUGGAGCCAACCUUUCAGCUCCUGAAACUUUUAGAUCUAAAGAGAUAUCAAAGACAAAUGUUGUUGAUGACAUGGUAAAGUCAAAUCCAAUCCUUUAUAAACCUGGAGAAAAACCAGAUCACUGCGUUGUCAUCAAGUAUGUGCCCUAUGUAGGUGAUAGUAAACGAGCUAUGGAUGAAUACGUUUCCGAAAUCAUGAUGGGAGGUCGAAAUACUAUUGCUAUCCAUAACACAUGUGAAGAUUCUCUUUUGGCUUCACCCCUUAUUCUUGAUCUCGCAAUCAUAGCUGAACUUUGUGAAAGAAUUGAAAUACGUCGUGAAAAUGAAACUGAAUUCCAUAGAUUUAAUGCUGCAUUGUCCAUACUCAGUAUACUGUGUAAAGCACCCCUUGCUCCAAGAGGUACCCCUGUUGUAAAUGCAUUUUUUAAACAAAGGGCUUGUAUUGAAAAUAUCUUCCGUGCUUGCAUAGGCUUAACACCCAUUAAUAACAUGGGAUUAGAGUAUAAGCAAGAGGUAAUACCAUCAGAGCUUCAGCAUGCUCUUCUAACUUCGCCAUUCCAACCUGUUUCAGAUGAUCACAUUACUAAGAUAGUAAAGAAGCCACUUAGUGGUCAUAUGAAUGGUUUACACAAUUCAAAUGGUUUUCAUGAAAUAAAUGGCAUGGUAUUAAAUGGAGAAAGAUAAUUAUUUUUUUUUACAAUUAUAGAAUUGUAUAGGCUUUUAAAUAUAUUUUAAAGGCUUUUAUUUAAUUAAUUUCCUAUUUUCAUGCAACACUAGUUCUUCAAAGAUGUUCAUUUUAGGAAAAACCUACUUGUUUAUUGUUCCUGCCAUUCCCUAGUAUUUAUUAAAAUAAAAGCAUACCCUUUACUAGUAUUAUUUUGAUUUAUACACACAUCAGCACAGCUAUACUUUUCAUAACUUGGGUACUCUUAAAUUGUGUUGAUUUCCCAACUUGUUCAAUUACAAAUGGUAAAAAUUAUGUAUGGGGCUUUUAACCCCAUCUUGAUUCCACAUUAUAAAUAGUAGUAGGUUCAUAAGAAAAACAUAGCUAAGAACACCUCGCAUUGCAGUUAUUUUAUGAUGACUUAUUGACUACUACCUGAUUUUAUUUGUAAUAUAUCUGACAUUGAUGUUAUAUUUAAUUAUAAAUUAUAACAAUAUUUAUUGUGUAUUAGUGUUGUGCUAGGUUUGGAUUUUCAUUUGGUAUUUGAGUAUGAAAUAUUUUGACAGAAAUAACUAUCUCAAAAACUCAUUUUAUAUUUUUAAUGAGCCCUAUUGCUUCAAUAACUUUACAAAUCAUGAAUGUUUUGAUGAGGAACAAAGAUGUAACUGAAGGAACAGAUGUUUUAAUGUAUUUUUAAGAGUAAAAAAAAUGUAUGUGAUGUAAGUAAUUUUGAAAUGUUUGAUGAAUAAAA